AUGUCACCAGAUGCUAACCUGUUCCAAGAUGAAAGCAAGUUGAAUCCGAACCAGAGUCCAUUCUCCACCAGUAAGGACCCCAGAUCGCUAUGGGAUGCUCCACUUGAAUUGUCAAAGAAUUGGAAUCCCAUGUGGCCAAGCUUGAAGUUGAGAUUGGUGACUUCAAAAAGCUGCUGGAGAAGAACGUUGUCUAAUGGGAUUUCGUCCAAAAAGAACAUUGAGUCACCCAAGAACCACUUGACCACUAAUCUUGCAAGGAUGAUUUCAAGAUCCAAUAUCCAUUCGAAGAUGAGUGUGUAUAAUUUCGACAUGUGCACAGUGUAG